UUCAAAGUAAGCUCUGAAAACAAGAAGAUGAACACACGUAUUGAAACCCUACAUACCACAAACCUUUUUCCUCUAUAUUCUUCUUCUUUUUCUUCUUCUACUUCCAAUGUCUCCAAACCUUCAGCCCUCAGCCAUGACAGAAACUUCCUGCGCCCCAUUUACACCCACCAUUAUUCCCUCUGCAAGUCCAAGAAACUGCUCCAGCACCAUGCGAGGAGUUUGUGCGUGCGUGGAUCGACAAAUCCUUUUCAAGAACUGAGUAUUAGAUACAAACAGGAUCAUAUCAAAGUUAAAAGUGUUGUAACCGUAAAAGUCACCAUUGGUGGCUUCUUCGCCAACUUAGAUGUUACCAGACCGCUUGAUGAUAUUGCUGAUUUGCUCGGCAAAACCUUGCUCUUAGUGCUCGUUAGCUCUCACCUAGAUCCUGAGACUGGUUUAGAGAAAGAGAAGGUAAAGGCGUUCGCGCACAGAUCGAGCCAGGAAGGAGAUGAAGUCAAAUAUGAAUGCGAUUUUAGUAUCCCUGCAGAUUUUGGAUCUAUUGGUGCAGUGGUCGUGGAGAAUGAGCACCACAAUGAGAUGUUCUUGAAAGAUAUUGUGCUCGACGGCUUACCGGACGGCUCUGUUCAUGUUAGUUGUCAGUCUUGGAUUCAUUCCAAGUUUGAUAAUCCUGAUCGAAGAAUCUUCUUCACCAAUAAGUCCUACAUAACGCAAGAGACACCAGAAGGGUUGAGGAGAUUGAGAGAGUUAGAGCUUGAGAAUUUGAGAGGAAAUGGACAGGGAGAACGUAAGAAAUUCGAGAGAAUAUAUGAUUAUGAUACGUAUAAUGAUCUUGGUGAGCCGAAUCAACCAGAUCUUGCUAGACCUGUUCUUGGAGGUAAACAAAAUCCUUACCCUAGGCGUUGCAGAACAGGACGUCCUCGCACGAAGGAAGAUCCAUUAUCAGAGACAAGAAGCAGCAGCGUGUAUGUGCCAAGAGACGAGGCGUUUUCAGAGAUUAAACAGCUGACAUUUUCCGGCAACACACUUAAAUCUGUGCUUCAUGCUCUCAUUCCCCAGAUUGAGUCUGAACUCGUCGAUCCACACCUUCGAUUUCCGUACUUCACCGCUAUCGACUCUUUGUUCAACGAAGGUAUCAGCUUGCCUAAGCCUAAAAAUGCUUUCUCCGGAGUCAAAUCAAUAAUUCCAAGACUCGUCAAGGCUGUUGCUAGUAAACAAAAUGAAAUGUUGUGCUUUGAGACCCCAGAAAUGGUUGACAGAGACAAGUUUGCUUGGUUCCGGGAUGAAGAAUUUGCUCGCCAAAUGCUUGCUGGACUUAACCCAUAUAGCAUCCAACUUGUGGCAGAGUGGCCACUGAAAAGUAAGCUUGACCCACAGAUUUAUGGACCUCCUGAAUCAUUGAUCACCACAGAGCUCGUCGAGAAAGAGAUUAAAGGAAUCAUGACAGUCCAAGAGGCCUUGAAGCAGAAAAGACUCUUUAUUUUGGAUUACCAUGAUUUCUUUUUACCUUAUGUGCACAAAGUGAGGGAGAUUGAAGGCACUACAUUGUAUGGCUCUCGGACGCUUCUAUUCCUCACUGAUGAUGGCACAUUGAUGCCUCUUGCGAUUGAACUAACUCGCCCUAAAAAUGGUGAGAAGCCGCAAUGGAAGCAAGUGUUCACACCGAGUCAUCAUUCCACAGAUUGCUGGUUAUGGAAGUUGGCUAAGGCUCAUGUUUGUGCUCAUGACGCCGGUUUCCAUCAACUUGUCGCCCAUUGGCUAAGGACUCACUGUUGCACGGAGCCUUACAUAAUAGCAGCUAACAGGCAACUUAGUGCUAUGCACCCAAUUCACAGGCUGCUACUUCCUCACUUCAGAUAUACAAUGGAGAUAAAUGCUCUUGCUCGACAAAGUCUCAUCAAUGCUGGGGGGAUCAUCGAGAGCAGUUUUGCACCAGGGAAGUAUUCCAUUGAAAUCAGUUCUGUUGCUUAUGAUCAGCUCUGGCAAUUCGACACAGAAAGCCUGCCAGGAGACUUGAUUAAAAGGGGAAUGGCAGUUGAGGAUCCAACAGCAAAACAUGGCCUAAGACUAACAAUUGAAGAUUACCCUUUUGCCGCUGAUGGCCUUGUCCUCUGGGACGCCAUCAAGCAAUGGGUUACAGACUAUGUAAACCAUUACUACCCAGAUGCAGCUCUGAUCGAGUCAGACACUGAGCUUCAAGGCUUCUGGACAGAAGUUCAAACCAAGGGUCACGCAGACAAGAAAGAUGAACCAUGGUGUCCUAACCUAAAAACACAAGAAGAUCUUGUCCAAAUCUUAACAACUAUAAUCUGGGUAACUUCUGGUCACCAUGCUGCUGUAAACUUUGGUCAGUACCAUUUUGGUGGCUACUUCCCGAACCGGCCAACAGUCACCAGACACAAGAUGCCAACUGAGGAGCCAACGGAGGAAGAGUUCCUGGAAUUCUUGAAGAAACCCGAGACUGUCUUGCUAAGGACAUUCCCUUCACAGGUUCAGGCAACAAAAGUGAUGGCCGUUUUGGAUAUUUUGUCUGGUCAUUCACCCGAUGAAGAGUAUAUAGCGGAGAGACCAGAGCCUUCGUGGGAAGAAGUUCCAGUGAUUAAGGUGGCAUUCGAAAGGUAUAACGCGAGAAUAAGAGAGCUCGAAGGAAUCAUAGAUGAGAGGAACGUCGACUUGAAGCUGAAGAACAGAACUGGUGCUGGAGUUGUACCAUACGAGCUCUUGAAGCCAUACUCGGGCCCUGGAGUUACCGGAACGGGAGUCCCUAACAGCAUCUCCAUCUAAAAAAAUGUACUGAGAAAUCCAUUUUAAUUCAGAUAAUUACCAAGAAAUUUCAAGCAAUAUUUCCAUAUAAUAUUAAUCUUCAACCAGAUAUUACCGCUU